CCUAUUUAAAUAUCUACAUACAAUUAGAACCAAAGUUGAAAUCGCAAAAUGCUUCGAGCUUGUCGAUCAUUGAUCCCCCAAUGUGGACACCAACUGAGGCUACAUUCUAUAUCUUCCCUGUACAAUACCGAAAUUAAUUUAAAAUCCGAAGAUGUCGAAGAAAUACCAGCUAAUAGACAAAGGGUUGUGAUACCAAGACAAGAAGAAAAACUAAGCAAACGCUAUCUGGAGUUCCGGGAAAAGUUGCGAUCGGAGGCGCCGCUGGAACCUCUGCCCGAGUGUGCACCACAUCCGGCCCACGAAAAGGAGCCUCUGGAGCCCUGGCCCAACAACACCAAUCCGCAUACGGGGGAAAUCGGGGGACAGGCGGGUCCAGAACCCACGCGCUAUGGCGACUGGGAGAGAAAGGGACGGGUCACGGACUUCUAGAGGAAUCAAAUCUUCACCUCGACACCUUUGUUUGGACAAUUCUGAUUUAUUAACCGUGUUAACAACAGAAGCACUCACAAUUUGUUACACUCCCGAGGAAAACUGUGUGUGCCACAGUAGCCCGGGAAUCCAGAUCAAGAUGAGGGAAAUCUAGAUUCACCGAGCUGCUUCUGCGAAGACAUUACAUAAAUUUCAUUGUGUGAUUUCUUUGUGGUUUCUUUCGAGAGGAUUUGUGGAUGGCCUGCCAUCAAAAAUAAAUUGAUAGCCCUUUCUUUCGCCCAUCGAAAAAGGGGUUCUCAGAAUAGAGAGAGCUGCGACCGAA